UCGCAAAUCACAGGCAUCGAGAAAACAGCAAUACAGCCAACACCACAAGCAAUACAUCUACUAUUGCGACCACCAGAACUGCAGAAGAUUCUCCGGGUCUUUAGGAAAAUAGCAAUCUUAGAGAAAAUGCAGCUUUUCCACAUUCCAAUUGCUUGCAUUCUUGCAUUCGUGAACCUACAACUGCUGAGCGGGCAUCCAGUGCCAAGCGAGAUCUUAUCCAGUGCAGACGUGGACAUCUUAAAGGUUCUUCUUCAUCGACUAGAGGCAUCUAUCCCUGCACAGAGACCAGUUGCCUCUGAUGAUGUGCCAGCACAGAGCGAUGCGGACGUGUCUUUGGAUGACACUAUUCUGCCUGAAGAGGAGGACUAUACCCAACCUCAGAGCGCAGAGCCUAGAGUGAGUCUGGCUGACGUGAAAGAGUUUCUCUCGGCCCGCGACCUGAAGGCGGUCCGGAACGACUCGAAGAGAUACUCGGGAUGUUUCGGGAGACGCAUGGACAGAAUCGGAUCCAUGACUUCACUGGGAUGCAACACGGCUAGACGCAACAAUCAGAAGAGAAGAUGACGUCUUAAUGAGAAUACUGGAAGCGUUACGCCAUUACGCCAUUA